UUAAACCCUACCCACCAACAACACCGUCUGUCUCUCCUCUCUUCUCUCUUCUCACCACCACCACCACCGCCGCCGCCGCCGCCGCCGCCGCAGCCUUCCACCCUUCUCCUUACAACCGCCGGCGUCGACUCCCCGUCGCCAUCAACAAUAGCCGCCACCCAGCCACUCCUUCAGCCUCCAGCAUUCUUUUACACCAGACUCCGCUUCCCGAUUUCCCCAGCCGCUUCUCCUUCAUUCCGUCUCCCCCUCGCCCCCCUCUAUUUCACAACCGCCGAGCCACGCCGUCGCCUUUUCUUCCUCUCCAGUCAACGUCGUCCAGCCGCCUCCUCGCCCAGAAAAUCCAAACCGCCGACGCCGGUUUCUCCAACCACCGCCGGUCAUCCCCUCAACCCGGUGUGAUGGCGGGGAGUGUAGAGCGAAUUUGCGAAGUAUGUGGUAGUAAUGCAGGCUUUACCCAAGCAGACGAUGGCUUCUUCUAUUGUAGUUAUUGCAACUCACAAGCAGAUGAUAUUUUUGAUACUGGAAUCGAUGAAGAGCAAUUUUUCAGCCAUUACACUGCCAGUUGCAACCGAGUGCGUCCUUCCGUUGCUCUUGCUGUUGAACCAAUUUCUCAAAUAAAACCCGACACAUCUCAGUAUGGGGAUGAUAUGGAGGAUGCUAUGGCAGAUGGGCCUAGGGAUUUUGGGUUUUCUAGGAAAAAGUUUAGCUAUGAAGAGUAUUAUUCGGAGAUUAGGUCACGGUAUGUGACUGGGCUUCAAGUUAUGAUUCAAUUGCAAUGCCGGGCUUUGGUUGAAAAGUUCAGCGUAAGCCCUUUAAUUAUUGGUCUUGUUGGGCCUCUAUGGUUGAGGUUUCUCGCAUCCACUCGGGUUAUGGCUGAUGAUUGGGCAGACAAGGCUGUUCAUGAUUCUGAGUCCCAAACUCAAGGGGAAGUAGAGGAAAUUCAGCCUAGUGCUAAAUUUCAGGAUGAACCCACUAACAUUUUUGGGAAGCGCUUAGUACAUAUUUGGUUUCGUUCUCUAAGAAAUGCAAUACCACUACAUUGUUCUUUAGCGAUUUCGUACCUGGUUUGUCAUGUUGCUAGGGAGGCGAUUUUACCAUCCGACAUAUUGAAAUGGACGCUCGGGGGAGAGCUUCCGUAUGUUGCUGCUUUUUCCAAAAUCGAGACGCAGCUUGGCUCUCCCUCUAAUGCAUGUCCAAUCCACACCAGCCGUAUGUUCAGACCGAACCACACCCCAUCAUUACAGAAGCUGGAGUCAAUGGCUGCAAACAUCGCUAAUACAAUUGGUUUGGAGCUGUCUCCUGUGAACUUCUAUGCGAUUGCAUUGCGCUAUUGCCGGGAUUUAUCACUUCCUGUUGAGGAUAUUUUGCCUGUGUCGUGCAAAAUUUGUGAAUGGUCUAUGCCUUCGGAGUUAUACCUGUCAGCUAACGAGCAAAGGAUCCCCACUCGUGCAUUCGUCAUGUCAGUUCUGAUCGUGGCGAUAAGAAUUCUCUUUGACAUCAACGGUUAUGGAAUCUGGGAAUCUAGUUUGUGCAGUUCCAACUGUUCCCCAUCUCCAGAUAAUAAUGAAGAAGGCACAUCUUUGGACAGAAAUUCAUCUUCCAACAAUCCAGAGCAUUGUGGUAUUGAAUCGGAUAUUCAGGACAGUAGGUUGAGUACUGCUGAGCUUCUGCAGCUUCUUGAAGAAAAAUAUAACGAGCUAGACGAUUUACCUGCAUAUUCUCGCGAUCUGUCUUCGUACCUUCAGUACUGCAAGGAUGUAGUCUUUGCUGGAUUACGACCAUCGUACGAGGAUCUUGAGGAAGAAAAGUUAAUAUCAGACUUCUGGGAAUUUUAUCAGAGCCAUAAGCCCUCUACGCCUGUAGAUACAGAACCAGCAAACUUGUCAGAAUCUAACAAGAGAUCUUCCAAUGAUUCUGCACGUCGGAGUCCAAUUCCAGACGACACUACAAAGGACGAAGCAAUUAAGAAAAUGAUGUUGGACAUGGAGGAAAACAGGUUCUGCUAUAUUUCACCGAGAACCCGGAUAAAGAGGCGUGACUAUCUCCACUACGCCAGGAGAAAGAGGCAUAUGUAUAUCUAUGCUGUGCACGCCGAUUACUACAUCUUGCUCCGAUCUUGUGCUAAGGUUGCCCGGGUGGAAGCCCGGAUCAUGCAUCAAGCAGUGCUGAGUGUGGAGAGGAGAUUGAAGUGGCUGGAGAAUAGGAUUGAUUCGACGUUGCAUAUUGAUCCUAGCCUCGACUACGAUAUCUGCAAUCUUUGUCGGGAUGGUGCUGUACAAAAUGCUGGUAAUGAUCCGAUGGAUUCUAAUUCUUGAAAUUAUUUGUUUCUUUGCUGUGGCAAUAGUUUUUUUUUGAUCUGUUUGUUGUGCAUAAAAGUUUAGUGUUUGAUCAUCUCUAAGAUAGAGAAAUGAAACGUUGUAGGUAACUUUUAGGAGGUGGGUUUGGGUUCAGAAUAGUAAAAUUUGAAUUGAAGUGGUGUUUGAUGUGAUUUUUUAA